AUGUUUUCACUUCGACCGCUGCAGCGUGCAGCGCCUUCACCUGUCCGCAUCUGUUCAAGUUGCCUGCGGAGGUACUCCAUUGCUUCAACAGUACGACAAAAUGCUAGUGAGAGACAGAAGAAGGUGAUAUUCUCGGGAAUCCAGCCUACCGGAGUACCACAUUUAGGAAACUAUCUCGGCGCACUGCGACAAUGGGUCAAGCUUCAAGAUGAAGCAAGCCCAGAUACUACGCUUCUCUUCUCAAUAGUUGAUCUGCACGCAAUUACCAUAAAACAGGAUCCGAGCGAGUUGGCAAGAUGGAGGAAAGAGAUGCUGGCUAGUCUGCUGGCAGUAGGUCUGGAUCCAAGGAGAUGCAUAAUCUUUGCGCAAAGCAGUGUCAAGCAGCAUGCGGAAUUGAUGUGGAUUCUGAGCUGUGGCGCAAGCAUGGGCUACUUGGGACGGAUGACCCAAUGGAAGAGCAAACUCUCACUCCCAUCCAAUGCCUCCCCUCUCGACCCCUCGAAUAACAAAGACGCCCUCAAGCUUGGUCUCUUCUCUUACCCCGUCCUUCAAGCCGCCGACAUCCUCCUCUACAACACAACCCACGUCCCCGUAGGCGAAGACCAAGCACAACAUCUUGAGUUCACGCGAGAACUAGCCGCCGGCUUCAACCACGUUUACUCCAAAUCACAGCCUCUGUUGACAGUUCCACAAACACUUCUGAGCCCCGCGAAACGAGUCAUGAGCCUGACUGAACCAACAAAAAAGAUGAGCAAGAGCGACCCGAAACCGAAGAGCCGCAUCAUGAUAACAGACUCAAAAGACGAAAUACACCACAAGUUGAAGACUGCGCUGACUGACUCGAUCGAAGGGGUCAGCUAUAGUCCUGAGAGCAGACCGGGUGUAUCAAACCUAGUGGACCUCAUGUAUCAUUUUGAUGAGUCGCUUGCUGUGUCACCGGAAGAUCUAGCAAAUGACCUCAAAGAUUUGAGUAUGCGGGCGUUGAAAGUGAAGGUCGCGGAUACCAUUGAUACAGGCAUUAGCGAUAUAAGGCAACGGUAUGAGGAGUUGAUGAACGGAGAUCAGAAAGAACUAGUCCAGUAUGCGGAAGAAGGCACACAAAGAGCAGAGAAGAUUGCCGAAAGCACUAUGCAGAGGGUAAGAAGCGCCAUGGGCAUGGCAUGGUGA